AGCCCAUAAUUGUAAAGCCCACAAAAUCUACCGGGAAAAUGUUGGCGCAAAAUCUUUUCCCGCCAAAAAACCCUAAUUCACUCCCUCUUUCUUCUCCAUUUAUAAUUUAUAUACCCCAUUUUUCCUUCCUUCAUUUCUUCAACCUCCAGUUUCUCUCUCUACUGUAAUCCAUUUUCCAGCAAUAACCCAGAAAACUUCAACUUUCUCCCUCCUCUAAAACCAACAAAUUCAUCCAAAAAUGGAGUCUUGGGAAUCAUCACUACCAAUAGUAAAAACAACUCCCUACAAGAACAACCACCCUCAUUCUCUCUCCUCUUCUUCACUUACUACUCCCAUGGUUGCUACUCCUGAACCCCGUCAGAUCCGCAUUGCUAAAUCCAAACGCGCCGCUUUUGAUUCCGGGUCGGAUCGUCCCAAGCUCAGUAAUGGAGUUUCUGGGAUCAGCAAUGGAUUAUUGCCCCAAAAGUAUGAGAUGCUAUUCAAGUUCUUCAAUGCAAUGAUUAGUUCAAUUCGGCUACUCCGACUAAAAAAAUUGCCAUCAACACUUACUCGGCUUUCUCGUAGUGUUGAGUCAUUGACGAAUAGGAGGUUUACAUUACAUCACUUGGCUCAAUUGAAGCACAUCAUGCCAGAGGUGAUUAUGGUAAAGAAAAUCCGUGUUCAAGAUAGAGAAACAAAUUGUAUGAAGGAGGAUCUUCUUGUGUCUCUUGACGUAAAUGUAGUGGCAACUGAUGAGAACGUGAAAGGCAAUGGUGGAUUUUCUCAGUUGAAAGAGAUCUUCCAGUCACGACUCACUCAUUAUUUCAGAACCCAUGAUGAGGAUGAUAUUGUUCCUGGGGGAGAAUUACCGCAUUUGUUCUAUCAGCCAAAGCAGGAACCUGAACCAAGCUUGUGUAGAACCCCUGCUGCACCAGCAGAGUUGCACAUUGCUCCGUCUUUUAAGAAGCGUUUCUCAUCAAGGUCUCUGGGUGCUUCAGUCUCUGAGUCCUCUCCAGCAAAGCCAUCUUGCUUGUCGGAUACCCUCAUAAAGGAGGACACUGUCAUUGAGGCUAAAGAUGAAUCUUCCAUUAGCUUAGUCGAAUUUAAUGCGGAGCCUUCCAAGCUUGUUUCAACACCGGCCAAACUUGUUUUAACGCCUGCCAAACUCACUUCAACACCUGUCAAAUUCGCUUCAACGCCUGUAAAACUCGACUCAACACCAGCAAGGCUGAUGGCAGCCACACCUGUAUUGCUACCACCAAAACGCCCUCUGAUGACCCCAGAUCAUGAUUGUUGUAGUGAUGUACCCAACAAGUCAGCUAAGCGUAGGGCCCUAAACUUUGACCAGAGCAGCAAUGAUAUUGAGGAUCAACUCAGUCAAGUUGGGGAGGAAGAAAUCUGCUGCCCAGCUCAAGGCUCUAAUGUUUCCAAGGAUGUCCUGAACGUGCUUCCAGAUGACCUUUUACAAUCGUUGAUAGAAAAAGAACAGAAAAUCUUAGAAGACCAGGGCUUGGCAGUCUCACAAGAAAAAAGGCGGCAACAACUGAUGGCUGGAGUACCUAAACUCUUUGACAUGAUUCUUCUUUUGUUCCAGUCUAUCAGGCGUCCCAUUGUCACGAAAGAGGAACUUAUUUACAAACUAAUUACUGGCCAUUUAGACAUAGUUGAUAAAUAUGAGGUCGAAGCGCAGUUUCAGUUGCUAAGAGAAGUUGCCCCAGAAUGCAUAUCUGAACAACAGUCUCUCAGCGGAGAUACUCUUCUUCGCCUCAACAAAGCUUCAUGUCCGGAAUCAAUACGUGCCAAGCUGUUAUCAGCAAUUUGAGACUUCAAGGCUUUUGAGUCUGACUAUAUGAGAAAAAGUAAAUAGGAUUUUUUUUUUUAUUUAUUUCCUUUUUUGCUAUUUAAGGUGAUAUGGAUGAAUCAUGUAUGUAAGAUGUAACCCUUCAGCCAUAUUGCAGGUUGUAUAUGCUUAGUGCAUGCCUAAUUGGCUAAUUUACCUUAUUUAUAAAGAUCAGUUUUCUGAUUUCAUAGUGUCCACCAAAUGUUUAUUUCCACUUACAUAUCUUCCUAAUAUACAGGUUCAUUUUGCUCAAUCUGCUCUUCAUUUAAGUACCAUGGGUGAUUAAUGAUUGUAUUCACAAGGAUUAUCCAUAAAAGGGAAUUUCUAUUAAAUCCCAAAAACAAUGAAGAUACAGGCGUAUACUUUCAUCCACACUGAAGAGAAAAUAGGGAGUAUCAACUCAACUCGACCUUGCUUGUGCACCUUUGACAUUAUCCUUGCUGUUUAUGAACCCAGAUUCAAUUUGUUCAUACAAAAAACUAGCAUUGUCAGCAACUUCAGCAGUGGUUUCAUCAUCUAUCCUGCACAGCUGCUCACCUACGAGAAUCAGACAGCUGAAAUGAUGUAUCAGGUUCUGUGUAAUCUCUGUAGAUGCAGAAAACAAACUAAUCUGAGAAACAUGCUCCUGAAUCCUGAAUUCCUGAUAUUGAAUCAAAGAUAUAAAAAGAAAAAGCAAAAAAGGUUGUUUAAGAGUUUAAGAUCAUAAACUGCAUCAAGGUCUGACAAUCAAAUUCCUUACCAUCUCGAGUAUGAAAUUGAAGAAGACACAUCUUAUUGCAAAGAACACCGCCCCAUCUGAAAUUCGGUCCAUGAGUCUAAAAAAUAGUGAGAAUUCUUAGUCUCUUUCAAUCAUGACAAAAAAUAUCAAUAAUUCUCCUGCACUUUAAAUACUGUCUACGUGGUUAUGGGCAAUGUAUUACAUGCACUAGCACAUCAAGUACUUUUUCGAAGCUGAAACCCAGAUACCACUUCAUGUUAUAGAUAUAGAGAUGAAAGGG